AUGAGGAUCAUUUAAUGGCCGAAACUAUAUACCCACUUUUCCUUUGUGUAUAUUGAAAGAUAAUAUGUCAGAGAGGACAUUCGAAAUGCUUGACCUCGCACCAAGUCAACGUCGGAGGAAUUGUUCCACAAACUUGUCAUGGCAGGUUACUGAAUCGUCGAACCUGACACCAACCUGUGGCCAGGCAAUCUACGACGAGGCCAGCAUGUUAUUUACAAUUCUCAUGUUGAUUUUCAUAUGUUUGGGGGUAAAGCACCUGAGACUAUCGCAUGUAUACGAGAGUCAUAAAUACUCUCAUUGACAAUGUCCCCAAUGCUGACCUUUACUUUGUCUACAACCAAGUGCUCUACUUCCUUGAUAGCACGCUCUGUUGUUU